AUGAUCGCAAAGGUUUUAUUUGUAGCAGCUUUGUGUGCAGCAGUCUACGCAAGCCAUCAUGAUCAUCACGAGCAUCAUCAUCACCAUCCCCAACCCUACAAAUUUGGCUACGAAAUCAAAGACCACCACGGAUCUCAACAUAGACAUGAACAUGGAGACGGCCAUGGACACGUUCAAGGAAGCUAUGGCUUCACUGACCACAGAGGUAUCCACAGAGAAGUCCACUAUGUAGCUGACAAGCAAGGAUUCAGAGCCACUGUGAAAACUAACGAACCUGGAACUGCCAAUCAAGAUCCCGCUCACGUUAAGCUCCAUUCAGAUGCUCAUCAUGCUCACCAUCACCACGAGCCCCAUCAUCAUGGACAUCACCACCAAGAGCACAAUCAUCAUGGCCAUCAUAACCACGGACAUGCUAAAGUGAAUAUACCUAAUGAAGUAUGCUGCUUGAUCAAAGCUCAUGAUCAUCCCGACCUUAUUCAGGAUACACCGACAUCCGUGUUCUCUUGCUGGCAUUGGGUAUUAUUUUUAUCCGCUCUUUGUGCAGCUGCAUACUCAAGUCAUCAUGAACAUCAUGAGCAACAUCAUCCCCAACCCUAUAAAUUUGGGUAUGAAAUCAAAGACCAUCACGGAUCUCAACACAGACACGAGCAUGGCGAUGGCCAUGGACACGUUCAGGGUAGCUAUGGAUUCACUGAUCAUCGAGGCAUCCACAGAGAAGUCCACUACGUAGCUGACAAACAGGGAUUUAGAGCCACUGUGAAGACCAACGAACCAGGAACUGCCAAUCAGGAUCCCGCUCACGUUAAGCUCCAUUCCGAUGCUCAUCAUGCUCACCAACACCACGAACGUCAUCAUCAUGGACAUCAUCAUCAAGAGAAUCAGCAUCAUGGACAUCAUCACCAAGAGCAUCAUUACCAUGGACAUCAUAACCACGGACAUGCUAAAGUUUUAUUAUUAGCAGCUAUCAGCGCAGCUGUCUACGCAAGUCAUCAUGAGCAUCAUGAACAUCACCAUCCUCAACCCUACAAAUUCGGCUAUGAAAUCAAAGACCACCACGGAUCUCAACACAGACAUGAACAUGGAGACGGCCAUGGACAUGUUCAAGGAAACUAUGGAUUCACUGAUCACAGAGGUAUCCAUAGAGAAGUCCACUAUGUAGCUGACAAAAAUGGAUUUAGAGCCACUGUGAAGACCAAUGAACCUGGAACCGCCAAUCAGGAUCCCGCUCACGUUAAGCUCCAUUCCGACGCUCAUCAUGCUCACCAUCACCAUGAGCCCCACCAUCAUGAACAUCAUCACAAAGAGCAUCAUCAUCAACAUGGUCAUGCUCAUGUAUAUCGUCAUCAAGCAAACCAUCAUGGGCAUCAUCACGGUUAA